GAGAGAGGAGUGUAGACUGUAGUGAAACGUUUACUAAAUGAAAGAUCAAAUCCAGAAAUAACUUUUCAAUCAAUAGUUAAAGAAGUGUUUACAAAUGUUUUCAAGUAUUCCAUCAAACCCUCAAAUUCUUGUUCACUCCUUCUACUCCGACAUGGAAAACUAAUCGAAUAAUGAGGGUUUAGACGGAUCUGCUCCGGUAACUAGAUUAGACAGGAUGGAUGAGAUCGAACAGGAUCUCCGAGGACUAAAAACAGGAUUCUUCGUAUCUCAGGGAGUAGGGUUGAUUCUCGUAGUUCUAGUAUCAAUAUGGACUGGACACUACCUGGGCGGGUUCGCUGGUCCCUCCCAACCUGACCGAGAGUUCAACUGGCACCCGCUACUCAUGACGGUCAGCUUGAUCUACCUGUACGGUACAGGGAUUCUUCUCUAUAGGGUCUUCAGGAACGAAAAGAAGAGAACAUUGAAGUUAGCACAUGCCAUAGGUCUUGUUGCAUUCCUGUGUCCUGGGUUAGCUUCUCAUCUAAGAAUGAUGUAUCUCCCUGUUCACACUACACUCGGAGCAGGAAUAUUCGUCCUAGCUUCGGUAGCUGCUCUCCUUGGUAUCACAGAGAAGGCAAUCUGGACCCUUGGCAAGAAAUGGCAGGUUAGCUCUGGGGAGGGAACCCUCGUCAACAUGAUCGGAGUCUUCAUCAUCCUCUUCACCGGCCUAGUCAUGAUCCUCGUCUCUAAACUAUCCUUCAGAAGACUAAACAGGCCGGAAGAUCAAAUGCUAUUGGCUGAAACAAACCAUGAAUAAGAAGAGAGGAUCCUAUUGGUGCAAACCAACUCAACCAAAUCAACCAAAUUAACUUCAUAUCUACGAAACUGGUCAAUGUGAUUAAUGUUUAAUCUUUUUUAUAUUUUCUUAUUUUCUCUUUUUUUUCUGUUGCAUUGUUGUCUGAAGACUUCUGUCCAAUUCUCAAAUAUAUUUGUAUUUGUUUA